CUGUCUGCUGGCCUAGGGGUACUCACUCCGCCAGAGACCUAUCCGGCGCCACCUGAGACCAGCGCUAGCUGGGAGUCCCAGCUGGGGAUGCCGGUCCCCUCAGGUUCCCGCACCAUGUCCACAGAAGCCCAAGCCAUGGCAGCACCCACCGGGCAGGGCCCCAAGAACCCACGAGUGUCCAGUGUGAUGGUGCAGCUGGAGAUGAAGCCACUGUGGGAAGAAUUCAACCAGCUGGGCACGGAGAUGAUCGUCACCAAGGCGGGCAGGCGGAUGUUCCCAACCUUCCAGGUGAAGAUCCUGGGCAUGGACACACUGGCCGACUAUGCUCUGCUCAUGGACUUCAUCCCUCUGGAUGACAAGAGAUACAGGUAUGCCUUCCACAGCUCUGCCUGGCUGGUGGCGGGCAAGGCUGACCCCGCCACGCCUGGCAGGGUGCAUUUCCACCCUGACUCCCCAGCCAAGGGCGCCCAGUGGAUGCGGCAGAUUGUGUCCUUUGACAAACUCAAGCUGACCAACAACUUGAUGGAUGACAACGGCCACAUCAUUCUCAACUCCAUGCAUCGUUAUCAGCCCCGUUUCCACGUGGUCUUCGUGGACCCACGCAAGGACAGCGCCCGCUACGCCCAGGAAAACUUCAAGUCCUUCAUCUUCACGGAGACACAGUUCACAGCUGUGACAGCAUACCAGAACCACCGGAUCACACAGCUGAAAAUUGCCAGCAACCCCUUUGCCAAAGGCUUCAGAGAGAAUGACCCGGACACAUGGCCUGUGGCCCCACGGCCAUUGCUCAGCAUCCCAGCCCGGAGUCAUAGCAGCCUCACUCCCUGUCUGCUUAAGGGCUCUGCAGAACGAGGGAAAGACACCAGUAAAGCUUCAGCUUCCAACUCCAGGACUCCUACUCAGUCGCACCAUCAGCUGCUGCCCGCCUCUGAGGUCCUGCUGGCACCUGCCACCUACAGGCCCCUUCCUUACCAGAACCUGUAUCCUGGAGCCUCAGGCCACGUUGGCAUCCCAAGGGCUCGCCUGGCACCUUACCCUCUCCCCAGUAUCGGCACUGAUGGAGAUCAGGAAGACCCAUCCCUCCCAGCUGGGCUGGGGCUCCUGCCCUCCUCUGCUUUGUGCUUAGGGCCUAGCCAAGAUCCCCUGUGA